CACCCACCUAUGGAAGCUUCAGAGCGGAGCUCCGUGAUCCCAACACCGAGGCUUUACCGGAGUAACAGCAGCAGGCCCGGAGACAGAACCGAUUAAACGCGUUAAAAACGGGAUUCUGUUAAUGUUACGGAGUUAAUGUCGUGUUAAGGAGUGCCUAGCGGUUGUGAAUGGCUCGGUUCCACUGUAAAAAGGCCAUUUUUGCUGCUUUAUCGUCGACAACAAGGAAAUUUGAGCCGCCGGUCCGGGAGGAGAACAGCACCGCCGAGCCCAGCCUGCCUGAAUCGGUUCACGAGUCAAAUGAUAAAUCUAGCUAACGAAGACCUCCAAGGACACGAAUUUUACACCCAGAAUUUGCCUUAUCAUGGCAGUGUUCAGUUCUCAGGUGCUGCUGGCUGUGACCAGAUCCAGGGGCUCCUAUCUGCUCUCCAAGCGGCAUGGCUGUGCCCCGCUGCCCUCCACCGCCUGCAUCCGCUACCACUCUGAGCUCUCAGGCCGCUCUGCUCAGCCAAUCCGUGCCCCAAGGGCUGUGUACCCGCCCACCUGCAGCGCUGCCCUGCUGCAACCCACCUGCGUGCCCUGCCGGACGCUGCACGGCUCCGGCGCCUGGCUGCAGGAGCUAAGGGACCCCACCGCCGGGCCCGAGGCGAAAGCGGACUCUGUGCCGGCCGAGACGCAGAGUAAGGCAGUGGCCCGGAAGUCUCUGGGUCAGCGGGUUCUGGACGAGCUAAAGCACUACUACCACGGCUUCCGACUGCUGGGCAUCGACACCAAGAUCGCCGGCCGGAUGGUGUGGAGGCUCCUGCACGGCCAGCAGCUCACCCGCAGGGAACGCCGGAGGUUGAUGCGGACGUGUGCGGACCUGUUCCGGCUCGUCCCCUUCAUGGUCUUCAUCAUUGUCCCCUUCAUGGAGUUCCUGCUGCCUGUGUUCCUCAAACUGUUCCCUGAGAUGCUGCCCUCUACCUUCGAGACCGAGUCCAAGAAGGAGGAGAAGCAGAAGAAAGGUCUCGCUGCUAAACUGGAGCUGGCCAAGUUCCUGCAGGAGACGAUAGCAGAGAUGGCCCGUAGGAACAAGGCGGCGGUUGGAGAUGAAACACAGCAGUUCUCCACCUAUGUACAGCAGGUCCGGCACACAGGAGAACAGCCCACGACGAAAGACAUUGUAAAGUUCUCCAAGCUGUUUGAGGACGAGCUCACGCUGGAACAUUUGGAGCGCCCACAGCUGGUGGCUCUGUGUAAACUGCUGGAGCUGCAGCCCAUCGGCACCAAUAACCUGCUGCGCUUCCAGCUAAUGAUGCAGCUGCGCACCAUCAAAACCGAUGACGAGAUGAUCUCUAAGGAGGGCCUAGCAGCGAUGACUGUGGCGGAGCUGCAGGCGGCGAGUAGGAGUCGGGGGAUGAGGUCUUUGGGUCUGACCACAGACCAGCUCCGCCAGCAGCUCCAGCAGUGGUUGGAUCUGCACCUCAAGGAGAACGUUCCUCCGUCUCUGCUGCUGCUGUCCCGUGCCAUGUACCUCACCGACCUCAAACCCAAAGCCCCUGUUAUCCCCCCUGUACCUAAACUGGAGAAAGCUCCAGCUGCUGCUGAAUCUGAAGCCUCGGCUACAGGGAAGCCCCUCUCCGCCUCUGUGGAGGUUCUGGUUGACUCCGCCCCCGUCAUCAAAGACCGGAAGGGUGAGGAGUUGGCAGAGAAGCCUCGCGGUUUGGACAUGCCGUCACCAGAGGCUCAGUUAAUACACGCUAAAGGAGCAGAGAUUUCCCAGAAAUCCAAGAUGAGCGCCAACGGAUUGUAAGAGGCCUUUUUUGCUGCAGUCGAGAAAGAUCAGCGUUCAUCCUCGUCCUUCUCCUCAGAUGUUGCUCCUGCUCUCGUUUUCCUCCCUUUCUUUCUGUCUGUCUCUCUCAUAUUAACACAAUCCAGGAUGUGUCUCCAUCUCAUUACAAGAGAGCGGAACCACUAUGAGCUCAAACCCUGGACUCCUGUUUUUUUUCCUGCGACCCAUUCGCCCUUUAAUGGAGAAAGAGAGAGAAAGAACGAGAGUGAGAGAAAGAAAGAGUUUGAGUGUAUGAGGAGGUUGUGACUGCAGUCCUCACCUACCGCCUCACCAACCAGAACCUUCACUCUGCAGAACCUCAGGUUCAGCCAGAAUCCGCCACAAACAAACCAGAUUGCAUUACCUGAAGAUCGCGAGGAGCGUGCAUGCUAACGGAUAACGAUCUUCAGCCUGAAUUUUGUGUACAUUUUGUAAAUACACUGUAAAAUAUUUGCAUAUUAUUAAAAUAAUUGUUAAUAUGAUGAUGAAGUGCUACUGCUUUGGACACUCAGCUGUGCUGUAUGUAAUCUGAAAGGUCUGGGAGAACGUCAUACUGCGUUUAUCGUUUUUGUUUUUUUUGUUUUGUCUGCAUAACAGAAUGUUGUGCUGGUUUUGCGUGUUUUGUUUGUUUCCUCCAGCGAGGGAAUGCAAAGUUCGCUCCUUUUGGAGAUGCUCUUACCUGUGUAAAACGAUGACUGGCACAAGCUGUAGCUGAAUUUGAGAGUUUAUAUUACUUGUGAUCAGGGAUGCACUGGACUUUUGGCAACCAAAAAUCAAAAAUGAAAAUGAAAUAAUUUCACUUCGGUGUUUGUUCGGUUUGAUCGGUCUUAUUAUGCAACAGAUGACUUGAUUGAGUCUUAUUGUGCUUUUUGGUAAAAUCUUCACGGAGGUUAAAAAUAAUCAGUGUUUGGUGAAUAUGUGAAAUUUGGAAUUGCUUUUAUUUUAAAAAGCAAUAAAACAUUUUUAAAACUUAAUUUCAAUAUAUUUGUGGGAAAAGUGACAAAAUUAACAAAUCUUGGUAUGCUGUAUUCCAGUUUUAGUCAAUGUUUAAUUUCAGUUUGUUAAGUCGGUGCAUCCCUGUGCUUAUAAUCUUGUUGCAGUGUCCUAAAGUAAGUGUGAUAUCUAAAGGUUUAAAAAUGUUGUAACAGAAACGGAACGGCUGCUUUUUUUCUGUUGUUUUUUUCUAACAAAUUGGAUCAGGGUAGAUGUUUUAAUAUGCAUGUAAAAUACUGGACACUAUGGCAUACCUGUCAAGUCUCCCGUUUUGGCCGGGAAACUACCGUAUUUUACUCCUCUUUCCCGCCGUCCUCCCGUAUUAAUAUUUUCCCGUAAAUUUCCCGUAUUAUAUUAAAAUUAAAAAAACUUUAUUAUUGAGGAGACAGGGCACUGACCGAUCUGUGUCUCUUAACCAAUCGUGGUGCCGGUUCAAGGAGAAAGUCUCGCCUUUCAGGAGAAACAGCCAAUCAGCUUGCUGGUUUCGCGGAGCGCAGAGGUAUAUCAGAUUCUGAUAAUCUAAAUUUAGUGUGUAAGUGGUUCACAUGUGGUUAUUUUAGAUUUCUUGUAAACCUGUUUUAAAAUGUAAGGAAUACUAAAUCUUGGUUGGGCUGGUGGGACGACUUUAAGCGGACGGAGGAAAAUAUCCCUUAUUUUUAAAUAUAAAACUUGACAGGUAUGCUAUGGCAGCACAUAAAGCAAACCAGAUCCGAUUUUCUCACAAAAUCUUUUUUUCUUUAUCACACAUUUAUGACUAGUGUUGAGAAUGUGCAUUGAUAUAAAUAUUGCAUUUCUGUGAAUCAUGAAAAUGCCAGAUUCAGUUUGUUUACGUAAUUCAAACUGCCACACUGAAAACAGAUCUGUGCCACAUUUGAUGUAAAAGGUCGGAUUUGGUCUUUUUUUUUUAACCUGCUGUUUGAACGCAGCCUAUUGAAGCCCCAAUCAGGAAUCAACUCGCUCCUACAACAGCAGAUUGAGCACCAAACGUGAUACUAAUAAGCACUAAAAUAUAAUGUUUACAACUUGAUUGCAAAUAUGAAACAUUAUGCAAAUAAGAAACAAUUGAGCUAGAACUAGCUGUAGAAAUGCGCUAUUUAGAGCUAGUUGUUUAAAUGCUAGGUCCACAACUAGCUGUAAAAAGCCACUGGCUUUCAAGCGACCCUUAAAAUGUCUGUGGGAAUACAGAUUCUAGAGCUAGUUCUGGAAAUGCUAGGUCAAAAACUCUGCUAAAGCUAGAGUCACAGAUUUCCAUCGCUUUUCCUGUGAGACUGUAGAAAUGCAAAAUUGAUGUCGAUCUCUGAAAAUGCUAAAUUCAUGACUAUCUGUGAAAAUGCUAAUCAUAGAGCUAGCUGUGGAAAUGCCGAUUCCGGAGCUAGCCAUGGAAAUGCUGCUUGAAUGCAGGUUCUGGACGUAGCUUUGGUAAUGCUAGUUUAAACGCAUUUUGUGUGGUGAUCUUUACAGAUCGUACUUUAUAAACAAUUCCUCAUUGCGGCUGUUUUUGCGUCUCUGUUGCUAAAAAUACAACUUAUCACUGUGGUGAGAUCCCUCUCAUGCAUUGCCUUGUGUUGUUUUUACCUUCUUUGACUGUUUCGGAUUGUAAAAUGUGAUCUGAUCUGAACCGACAUGCUCCUCCUUCAGAUUUGUUCUCCUGAAGCUACUGUUUUCAAGAUUUGGCAAACUUCAAAAAACAAAAUCAAAUAUUUUGUGAAAUUGUGUGAAAUGUUUAACUGGAAAUUCAGUGUUUAGUAGGAACUAUUAAUGAGUAGAUUCACUUGCAAAACAUUGCAAGAGACACACUUUUGCACUUCUUGUUGGACAGUCAGAACCGUGUUCAUGCCUUUUUCUUUGGUGCACAUUUUUAAGAAUGGAUAUGAACGUAACCAGUGAAACGCUCCAGACCCUGAACCGACCUGUCGACAGCCCACUGUGCUUCAGAGCUGCUUUCCUCAAACCUCUGUGAGAAAGAAAAAAAAAGAUGCAGAAGUGUUAUAUAUAUAUAUAUAUAUAUAUAUAUAUAUAUUUUUUUUUUUUUUUUUUUAACUAUAACGUUAAAAACACUGUCAGACCAGCACUGUAGCUCUCAGAUUGCUGUGGAAAUAAACAGAUUUUGACAGUGAAA